GCACAUGCCCAGAAGGGCGGGAGCCGCGGCGAGCCCGAGCGCUGCUGUGACAGCUGCGGCGCUUUCCCUUCCGUGGGUGGGUGGGGGCCGCGCCGCGCCCCCCGGCCCGGCCCGGCCCGGCCCGGCGGAAACACUGCGCCGGCCGCCUGCUCGCCCAGUACCUUCCCCGCCGCGCCCCGAGCCCGCUGCCGCCGCGGGGCGGGAGGCGGCCAUGUCGCUAUUGUCUGCGCUGGUGCCCUUGCUCCGGGUGUACUGCAUCGGCCUCCGCGUCAUCCUGCACCAGCUGCGCCGCCGCUUCCAGCCGCGGUGCGCCCCGGCCUCAGUUUUCCCUACACAAAAUGGAAAGGUUGCUAUAGUGACUGGAGGCACUAAAGGAAUUGGUUACCAAACUGUGAAGCAUUUGGCAAGACUUGGCAUGCAUGUGAUAAUAGCUGGAAACAGUGAAAGUGAUGGCCAAGAAGCGGUGAGGAAAAUAAAAGAAGAAACUUUGACUGGAAAAGUGGAGUUUUUAUACUGUGAUUUGGCUUCCAUGAAGUCUAUACGGCAAUUUGUGCAGCAGUUUAGAGCAAGGAAUUGUCCACUCCAUGUCCUGGUGAAUAAUGCUGGGGUGAUGCUGGUCCCUGAAAGGAAGACGGAGGAUGGGUUUGAGGAGCACUUCGGCUUGAACUACUUGGGACACUUCCUGUUGACUAACCUCCUCUUGGAUACGCUGAAGCAAUCAGGAACGCACAGUCACAACGCUAGGAUCAUCACUGUCUCAUCAGCCACCCAUUAUGUAGGCAAAUUGCACCUAAACGACUUACAAAGCAGAUGUUCGUAUUCACCCCAUGGAGCCUAUGCCCAAAGCAAACUUGCCCUUGUGUUAUUUACCUAUCGACUACAGCAUCUUCUGACUGCAAAUGGAAGCCAUGUGACUGCUAAUGUAGUAGACCCUGGAGUAGUGAAUACUGAGCUCUACAAGCAUGUCUUUUGGGUUGUGAAAGUGGUCAAAUGGAUGACAGCCUGGCUAUUUUUCAAGAGCCCAGAGGAAGGAGCCUCUACAACCAUCUAUGCAGCAGUGUCGCCCGAGCUGGAAGGAGCUGGUGGCUGCUACCUUUACAAUGAGGAAAGGACAAAAUCGGCUGACGUGGCAUAUGAUGAGGAGCUGCAGAGAAGGCUCUGGACAGAAAGCUGCAAGAUGGUUGGGAUUUCUGAUGAAGCCAGCAGGCUUCACUAGAAGAAGCCACUUUCAGCUGGGUAAAUGAAAUGCAUUGAAAAGCAUCUUAGGUGAAUUCUUGCAGCAUCAGUCAUCAUCCUGGAAAUCACUGUUCAGUCCCAAAGGCAAACAUGAACAGCUCUGUUCUUCACUUGAAUCCCUAAUCUGCUAGGGUGUGGGGGGAAUAUUCCCACAGAAAGGUGUAGUGGUUGGUUUUAAAUCUAACCAUCAGUUUUGUAAAUCAUUCUGUUUCAGUCUGUGAUUAAAAUACAAUCUUUAAACAUGUGCA